UGUAGAUAUAGUUAAUUUGGAGAAUUGUUUGUUGCUCUGUUAAAUUUUUGUUAAAAAAUGCUAUAAAAAGUGUAAAAUAAUUAUUAAAACCUAACGAAAUGGCUACACAAAAACCAGGCGAAUGGGCCAAUUCAUUAUUGGCCCGUUUCGAAGAUCAGCUUCCUAACAAAACAACCGGACCCCAUGGCACCCAGGCUAGAAUGAGCCAAGACCAAUUGGUGGGAUGUCUUAUACACAUUUCACGUUAUCGUUUUUCGUUGGUAAUAUCCGGUCUUACCAAAAUGCUACAAAGAGUCAAUGAAGCCGCUAUCCAAAAUCGUCACGAAACCGAUCGUUGUUAUUUUGAAUCUCUGAUCAUUAUUUUAACCACCCUCGAACGUUGUCUGACCAAUCAGACCAAGGAUACGGCUCGUUUUGAAGAAGCCAUGAAUGUUAAACUUUUGCUACGUGAAAUUACCCAAUUUAUUGAUGUCCAAAGUGAUAAUAAUCCUCAUGCCGCCCAAUUGAAAAUUUUAGCUUCAAAAGUCCUAUUUGCUCUCUCACAAAAUCAUUUUUCCGCUGUUUUUAAUCGUAUAUCGGCUAGAAUACAAGAGUUGGCCGCUUGUUCAGAUGAGAAUCCCGAUUAUUCGGAUAUUGAAUUGAUACAACAUAUUGAUAUGGAUAUGAUCAAGUUGACGAAAUUAUUGCAGGAAACUAUAACGAAAUUUCGCUCGAAAAAAGCUCCACCCUUAAUUCUAUUAAAUUCAAUUGAAAAAGCCAUAUGGAAUUGGAUAGAAUAUCAUCCGCAAGAGUUUCAGGAUUUGCAAAGAGGCAUGAAUCGUGACAUAUCAACCUGCUGGGAGCCUUUACUGGACUUUGUGGAGGCUUAUAAAGCUGAAAAUAAAAAGAGCAAAACUACAGUAUGGCCUUUGCAAAUGUUGUUGCUGAUUUUGAAUCCUGCCUGUUUGGAAGCCACCGUCAAUGAACUGCAGCAGGGCGAAAAGGAAAAAGACAAGGCCACCUCAAAGGCUCAAACGCGUGACAAGGAUUUUUCGGCCAAACAAUUUAUCGAGAGUGUUAAGAGAGGGCUGGGGCCACAUUCACCUUCUAAACUUGUUACCGAAUCGGCCGCCAUAGCCUGUGUGAAAUUAUGCAAGGCAGCUACUUACGUGAAUAUCAACGACUCCAAUAAUGUGAUUUUCAAAUUGGUCCAAUACAUAAUCAACGAUAUCAAAGCUUUACUAUUUAAUCCGGUGAAACCAUUUUCCCGGGGACAAGGUUAUAACUUUGCCGAUAUAGAACUAAUGAUUGACUGUUGGGUAUCAUGUUUUCGCAUAAAUCCCCACAAUAUAGAGGCUUUAAAGGUCUGUUUGAAUCUCAAUUCACCGCAAGCCUAUCAUUUUGUUAUAGUGUGUUCCUUAUUACGGCUGGCCCAUAUUUAUGUAGAUUUUCGUUUGCAAAGUAAAAACCCGUUUCGUAUUGUAAAUCAGCCCCGUUUACCAUGGUGGCCUCAAACCGAUGUGGUACACUAUCGUUCGGCGGAAUUGCGAGCCCUAUUUACGGAUACUUUAAAUAAAGCCACCCAGGGUUAUAUAGCCCAUACGCCCUUAAGAAUGAUUACCUCGCUGACCCUAAAAACCAAGGAUACACAAAAAGGUUUAGCUAGAUCCGAAGAAGGUCCUGCCCAUAAAAUGUUACUUUUGCUGUUAGUACGUUUAAUACAUGCAGAUCCCACUUUAUUGCUUAAUACCCAGGGCAAGGUGGCCCAUGAGGUACAAAGUUCUACAUUGGAGUUGAUAAAUGGUCUAGUUAGUUUGGUGCAUCAACCGUCCAUGCCGGAUGUGGCCCAAGAAGCUAUGGAGGCCUUAUUGGCUUUACAUGCUCCCGAAAAAAUAGAAGUUUGGAAUCCCGAGGCUCCUAUCAACACAUUUUGGGAUGUUAGUUCUCAGGUUUUGUUUUCGAUAUCGCAAAAAUUAAUACAACAUCAGAUAGCCAACUAUACGGAUGUUUUAAAAUGGCUGCGAGAGAUUUUGAUAUGCCGCAAUACUUUUCUGCAGCGUCAUAAGGACUACGCCCAUAUGGGCAGUCAUAUAGCCAUUUGUAAACAGGCUCACAUUAAAUUGGAAGUUGUAUUCUUUAUGUAUUUAUGGUCUGUGGAUUUGGAUGCUGUUCUGACUUCUUUAUCAUGUUUUGGUUUGCUGUGUGAAGAGGCAGAGAUUUGUUGUGGAUCGGAUGAGUUAACGGUAUCGAUGUUGGUGCCUAAUUAUAUGAUCUAUCAGGAAUUGGCGCAAUUAUCAUCGGCUGCCACCGAUUCUCGUAUUUGUUUCUAUGAUACCAGUCAUAGCAACGUUUUAAAUCGUUUGCAUUUACAAAAACGCAUCAUGCAACUCUUACGCAAAAUCGAGCAUUGUAUAGAUGGUGUACAGCCCGCCUGGGAAGAAACUUUUAGAAAUUGGGAAAUAAUGAGUAAAAUGUUGCAAACUUAUCCCAAAUGCAAGACCGAAGAUGGUCAAGCUGAACUGUUCCACCGCGGCAUAGGCAAGCGACGAGCCAGUCAUCAAUCUUCGGAACAUGAUAUUGAGGAACAAAUUACCGAAUGGGCAAAUAUGACUUGGUUUCUAUUGGCUUUGGGUGGUGUUUGUUUGAUUAAAAGACGCCAGCAAAUAGUAGUGGCGGCUCAGGCCACUACACACACCUCCCAUAGUCUAUCCAAUCAUGGACCAUUUCAUCAAUAUUCUCAAAGUUUUGGCUCAUUUCAACAGCCGCUACCGGCUGCUCAUAUACAUCCUAUAAAUCAGGGUUCUAUUAGUUCAUUGGCACAAAACUCGCUACAUUCACUAUCGAGUUCUUCCAGUUCGGGUAGAGGUUCAUUAAAUCCAAAUUCGGUAUCAUUGACUGCUAUACCACAGGGACCACAACAGGAGGUGCAAUAUUGUCCGGUGACACAAUUUAUUGGCCAACUUUUAAGAUUAUUGGUUUGCAGCAAUGAGAAAAUCGGUUUGAAUAUUCAAAAGAAUGUUAAAGAACUUGUUGGAGAAGAAAUGUCCACCUAUCUAUAUCCCAUACUCUUCGAUCAAAUACGUGCUAUAGUAGAGAAAUUCUUUGAUCAACAUGGCCAGGUUAAUGUUACCGAUAUUAACACCCAAUUUAUCGAACAUAUUAUCUAUAUAAUGAAAUCGAUUUUGGAUCCUAAACCUAAUAAAGACCCCAAUAAUGAACAACCCUCAACAGCGGAAAAUUUGGGUGUAACCAGCAUUGAAUGCAUGAUGUUGGGCAUAGUGCGUUAUGUUCGCCAUCUGGACAUGACUUUCUAUGCUAUACGUAUUAAGACCAAAUUGUGUCAACUGGUGGAGGUUAUGAUGAAACGUAGAGAUGAUUUGGCUUUUAGACAAGAAAUGAAAUUUCGCAAUAAAUUGGUGGAAUAUUUAUCGGAUUGGGUUAUGGGUACUUCACAUCAAAUAGCACCACCUAGUUCCACAGAUCCCGCUUUGAUAACCAAUACCUCGGUUAUUUUUAGAGAUUUAGAUCAGGCUUGCAUGGAGGCUGUGGCUGCUUUAUUAAGAGGUUUGCCUUUGCAACCCGAGGAAUCAGAUCGUGGUGAUUUAAUGGAUGCCAAAAGUGCUCUGUUUCUUAAAUAUUUUACUUUGUUUAUGAAUCUAUUGAACGAUUGUAUUGAUAGUUCGGAAGCCGAGAAGGAACUAAACAAUCCCCCUUUAUUGCCUCCCCGACCACGUUUAGCUGCCGGCAAAUUAACCGCUUUACGCAAUGCCACCAUACAAGCCAUGUCCAAUCUAUUGGGAGCCAAUAUAGAUUCAGGUCUCAUGCAUUCCAUUGACUUGGGCUACAAUCCCGAUUUACAGACUAGAGCAGCUUUCAUGGAAGUUUUGACACAAAUUCUGCAACAAGGCACAGAAUUUGACACAUUAGCUGAGACUGUAUUGGCUGAUCGUUUUGAACAGUUGGUACAACUUGUUACCAUGAUUAGUGACAAGGGAGAAUUACCCAUAGCCAUGGCUUUGGCUAAUGUAGUGACCACUUCCCAAAUGGAUGAAUUGGCCCGUGUUUUAGUUACUUUAUUUGAUGCCAAACAUUUAUUAUCUCCUUUAUUAUGGAAUAUGUUCUACCGCGAAGUGGAGGUGUCCGAUUGUAUGCAGACUCUAUUCCGUGGCAAUUCUUUGGGCAGUAAAAUCAUGGCUUUUUGUUUUAAAAUCUAUGGUUCAGCCUAUUUGCAGCUGCUGCUGGAACCCUUAAUAAGACCUUUAUUAGAUAAUCCUAAUACUUGUUUUGAAGUUGAUCCCGCCAGUUCUCAUUUCAGACUAGAUCCGGGGGAUGAAUUAGAUGUUAAUCGCUGUAAUCUGAUAGCUUUAACAAAAAAGGUUUUCGAUGCCAUUAUCAAUUCGGCAGAUCGUUUUCCACCUCAACUGCGUUCCAUGUGUCACUGUUUGUAUCAGGUGUUAAGUAAACGUUUUCCCAAUUUAUUGCAGAAUAAUAUAGGAGCUGUAGGCACGGUAAUAUUUUUAAGAUUUAUUAACCCGGCCAUUGUCUCUCCCCAGGAAUUGGGCAUUGUGGGCAAACAAGUACCCAGUUCGGUUAAGCGUGGCUUGAUGUUAAUGUCUAAAAUUUUACAAAACAUUGCCAAUCAUGUAGAGUUUUCCAAAGAACAGCAUAUGUUGUGUUUCAAUGACUUCUUAAGGGAACAUUUUGAGGCGGGUCGCCGUUUCUUCAUACAAAUUGCUUCGGAUUGUGAAACUGUGGAUCAAACCUCGCAUAGCAUGAGUUUUAUAUCGGAUGCCAAUGUUUUGGCUUUGCAUCGUUUGUUGUGGACACAUCAGGAAAAGAUAGGUGACUAUUUAUCCAGCAGUCGUGAUCACAAGGCUGUCGGUAGAAGACCUUUUGAUAAAAUGGCCACUUUAUUGGCUUAUUUGGGACCACCUGAGCACAAACCCGUGGAUUCUCACAUGAUGUUUUCCUCUUAUCCACGUUGGAGUUCCAUUGACAUGUCUUCAACCAACUUCGAAGAAAUCAUGGUUAAACAUCAAAUGCACGAAAAGGAAGAGUUUAAAGCCUUGAAAGCCAUGAAUAUAUUCUAUCAAGCCGGCACUAGCAAAUCAGGACAUCCGGUAUUUUAUUACAUUGCCAGACGUUAUAAAAUUGGUGAAACAAAUGGUGAUCUUUUGAUUUAUCAUGUGAUUUUGACGUUGAAACCAUUUUGUCAUUCCACCUUUGAGGUUGUCAUAGAUUUUACUCAUGUCAACUCGGACAAUAGAUUCCGUACAGAGUUCCUACAGAAGUGGUUUUAUGUAUUACCCGCCGUGGCCUAUGAAAAUGUACAUGCGGUUUACAUUUACAAUUGCAACUCUUGGGUUAGGGAAUAUACCAAGUUUCAUGAUCGCAUAUUGGCGCCUUUAAAGGGCAAUCGUAAAUUAAUGUUUUUGGAUUCACCCAAUAAACUCAACGACUACAUCGAAUCGGAUCAACAAAAACUACCAGGUGCUACUCUUUCUUUGGAUGAGGAUUUGAAAGUGUUCAGCAAUGCUUUGAAGCUAAGCCACAAAGACACCAAAGUGGCCAUUAAAGUGGGUCCCACAGCUUUACAAAUUACCUCCGCGGAAAAAACUAAAGUUUUGGCCCAUUCUGUAUUGCUAAACGAUGUGUACUAUGCCUCCGAAAUAGAGGAAGUUUGUUUGGUAGAUGAUAACCAGUUUACACUAUCCAUAGCAAAUGAAAGUGGUCAAUUAAGUUUCAUACACAACGAUUGCGAUAAUAUUGUCCAAGCUAUUAUACAUAUCCGAAAUCGCUGGGAGUUAAGUCAACCGGAUUCGGUGACAGUGCAUCAGAAAAUUAGACCCAAGGAUGUACCGGGCACUUUACUAAAUCAGGCUUUGUUAAAUUUGGGUUCAGCAGAUCCCAACUUGCGUACCGCUGCCUAUAAUCUUCUCUGCGCUUUAACCGCCACAUUUGAUUUGAAAAUUGAAGGCCAGUUGCUGGAGACUCAGGGUUUGUGUAUACCCUCCAACAAUACCAUUUUCAUUAAAUCGGUUAGCGAAAAAUUGGCCACCAAUGAGCCUCAUUUGACUUUAGAAUUUCUAGAGGAAUGUAUACAGGGCUUCCAACGCAGUACCAUCGAAUUGAAACAUUUGUGCUUGGAGUAUAUGACUCCUUGGUUAAAGAAUCUGGUGAAAUUCUGUAAAUCCAAUGAUGAUGCCAAAAAAUUGAAAGUAUCUCAAAUACUGGAUAAACUUAUAUGUCUAACCAUCGAACAAAAAGAAAUGUAUCCCUCCGUUCAGGCUAAGAUUUGGGGUUCCGUGGGCCAAAUACCGGAACUUAUUGACAUGGUAUUGGACAAUUUCCUGCAUAAGUCCCUAAUAUACGGCUUGGGUUCACCUCAAGUGGAAAUAAUGGCCGAUACAGCAGUGGCUUUGGCCUCGGCCAAUGUCCAGUUGGUGUCCAAAAAAGUUAUAACGCGCAUGUGCCGCGUUAUGGACAAGACCUGUACCAAUCCUACUCCCUUCCUAGAGCAACAUGUCAUGUGGGAUGAUAUCGCCAUCUUGGGUCGCUAUUUACUUAUGUUGUCCUUUAACAAUUGUCUAGAUGUGGCCACCCAUUUGCCGUAUCUCUUCCAUACCAUCACGUUUCUGGUUUGCUCGGGUUCUUUGUCCAUGCGCGCCUCAACUCAUGGUCUAGUCAUUAAUAUCAUACACUCCCUAUGUACCUGUACGAAACCCAUCUUCUCCGAAGAAGCUCAAAGAGUGUUGCGUUUGUCACUGGAUGAAUUCUCCCUGCCCAAAUUUUACUUACUCUUUGGUAUUAGCAAGGUUAAGUCGGCUGCCGUUACAGCUUUCCGUUCCAGUUGUCGCCAUCCCCCCGAUAAGUGGUUGGGCAAUGAGAGAGUGUCGCAAACAUUGCCCGCCGAUAGAGAGCGUUUAUCUUUGCCCUCCUUGGAAGUUAUAACCGAUGCUCUUCUGGAAAUAAUGGAGUCCUGUAUGCGUGAUGUACCCGAUUGCCAGUGGUUGCAGACAUGGAACUCAUUGGCCCGUAGCUUUGCUUUCUGUUAUAAUCCUGCUUUACAGCCGAGAGCUUUGAUAGUGUUUGGCUGCAUUAGCAAGAGUGUUACGGAUCAGGAAGUCAAGCAGUUGUUAAGGAUUCUGGUAAAGGCAGUGGAAUCCUUUAAUGAUAUCACUCUUAUAGAGGCAAUUGUCAUGUGUUUGACACGCAUACAGCCGCUGUUGAGACCGGAAUCUCCCAUACAUCGCAAUCUGUUUUGGGUGGCCAUUUCCGUUUUACAAUUAGAUGAGGGCAACUUAUAUGGAGCUGGUUUGGCAUUGCUGGAACAAAAUUUACAUACCCUUAAAUCUCAGGGUUGCUUUGAUAAUGCCAACAUUGCAGACGUCAUGAUGUGUACACGCGAGAAACUAGAAUGGCAUUUUAAACAACUGGAUCAUGCGGUGGGUCUCUCAUUUCGCAGUAAUUUCCAUUUUGCUCUUGUGGGACAUUUAAUAAAGGGAUUUAGACAUUCUACUCCAACCACCGUAUCACGCACUUCCCGUAUAUUGACCAUGCUAUUAGGCAUUAUAGCCAAACCUUUACGAAGAGAUAAAUUUGAAGUAACACCCGAUAGUGUAGCCUAUUUGACCGCCCUGGUGGCCGUCUCAGAAGAAGUAAGAUCACGUUGUCAUGUCAAACAUGCCUUACCCAGAUGGCCAGUCGAAUUGAAUACCACCUUGGAGAAUGGCGAGGCAGCAGCUAAUGGCACACAUAAUCAAUUUGGCAUGGCUUUAUCACGUCGUCAAAAAUCUUGGGAUAUUUUAGAUCAAUCCGCUUUAAAUUUCGCGCGUCAUCAUAAAGUACCUGUACAACCGAAUGCCCGAGUUUUAUUUAAAACUCAGCGCUCCUUUUCGGUACCCACCACCAAAGAUCCGAAUAACGCUAGUGGAAUCGAAGAACGUCAGGAACGCGGCUCACGUACCUCUGUAUCCAAUGAAUCGAAUGUUCUAUUGGAUCCUGAAGUUUUACCUGAUUUGUCAAUACAGGCUUUGGUUUUAACCGUAUUGGCAACAUUAGUUAAAUAUACCUCCGAUGAAAAUGAAACACGUGUAUUAUAUCAAUAUUUAGCCGAAGGAUCUGUGGUAUUUCCCAAGGUGUUUCCAGUAAUACACUCUUUAUUGGAUCAAAAAAUCAACAAUAUACUAUCCGUGUCUCAUGAUCAAGUUGUCUUGAACUCAGUACAAAAUAUUAUCCAAAAUAUGUUGGCCAGUGAAGAUCCCUCACAGCAGCAAUUGCAUUUUCUACAAAGUUGUGGUUUUGGUGGUUUGUGGCGUUUUGCAGGACCGUUUACCAAAUACAAUGUUAUGGGUGAAUCUUCGGAACUAUUUGUCAACUGUCUGGAGGCCAUGGUAGAGACUUGUCUGCCCGGCGAUGAACAACAGGCACCCAUUGUUCCUUUGGUGCGUCCCUAUAACUUAAGCUCCAGCUUAAGCAGUUUGACGCUGGGUUCUCCCACGGAUAAAGCUUUCUCAUCGGAAUCAUUAGAUCAUGAAUUCGGCGGCAGUGUAAGCUCUCUCCGUCGUGCAUCACACAGUAAAGCACGCGCCAAGCACCGUCUCACCGAAAGUCCAUCACAUAACAAUUAACAAUGAGUCCAGCAAUUAGACUUAGACAUAAUUAUUUAUUAACCAAACAGAAAAAAAAUUUAAAAAGAAAAUAUCAUGAUCAUCAUUACCAUCAUUAUUAAUUAAUAUUUACAAUUAAUUAUUAGCAUUAUGGCAUAUAUUAGUAAUUAACAAAAAAAAAACAACUAAAAAUAUAUACUUAAUCCCAUCAUCUAAUAACAACACACUAUGCUUCAAUGUCCAAAAAAUGCUUUUAAACACAUUUUUUAUUAUUUUUGCUUCUAAACAGAGAUUAAAAGCUGUUAAAAAUUAGAGAUUCUUCAGUAUCGAAUUUAAUAGUCAUUGAAAGAAAGCUGAUCUGAACCCCAGGGGUCAUCAGACCAUCAUUUGCAAAGCACUAAUCUAGAGUUUUAAAAGUUUUCAAUGUUAAAUAUAGGUUGAUAAAAGUGAAGAAAGUUAUAAUACAACCCCCAAGGGGAUCCACAUUUUAAAAACUUAUUCAUAAACUUUUAUCAAAGGUUUAUAAAUCAAAUUUUCAUACAAAAUUUGUUCUACGUCCCUACGUUAGUCCAAUUUAUUUACUUGAAAUCACCUGUUAUAAUACAACCCCCAAGGGGAACCACCUUAUAAAAACUUAUUCAUAAACUUUUAUCAAAGGUUUAUAAAUCAAAUUUUCAUACACAAUUUGUUCUAUAAACCUUUGAUAAAUGUUUAUGAAUAAGGCAGUAAAAGUUUAAUUCAGUGUAAUAAAAAUAUUAAAAUUGUAUGAUCAUGUAGAGAUUCAAUUAUAUAUACACUAGAAAGCUGCUUUGAACCCAAGGGGUUCACAGACCAUCUUUAAUCUUGAGUUUUAAAAACACUGAAAGUUGUUGAGAAUGGAGUUUGUUUUAUUCAAUUUCCCCAAACCAUUUUAAAAACUCUGAAAGUUGUAUUCAGUGUAAUGAAAUUUUUUAAAUUGCAAGAUCAUGUAUUUCCAUCGACUCACUUUAAUCCUCUUUUGAACCCCAGAGGUCCGUAGAUCAACAUUUGAAAACCAUUAAUCCAGAAUUUUAAACUAUUUAAGUUGAAUUCAGGCUAAGGACCCAGUGAUAAUAUAGACCGCUAGAGGUCUACUGACCAUCUUUUGAAAAGCUUUGGGUUAGAGUUUUAAAAGCUCUGAAAGUUGUAGUCAGUUUUUUCCUUCGCAUUUUCGGGUACUUUUUUAAAUUGUAGGAUCAUUCAUUUCCAUCGACUUACUUUAAUGCUGUUUUGAACCCCAGAGGUCCGUAGAUCAACAUUUCAAAACCAUUAAUCCAGAAUUUUGAACUAUUUAAGUUGAAUUCAGGCUAAGGACACAGUUAUAAUACAGAGUCCUAGGGGUCUACUGACCAUCUUUUGAAAAGCUUUGGCUUAGAGUUUUAAAAGCUCUAAAAGUUAUAGUCAGUUUUUUCCUUUACUGGAAUGCAGCUAUAACCCCUAGGGGUCCACAGACCACCAGUUGGAAAUCAUUGGUUUUAGAAAUGUAAACGUUUAAUUCAAGUUACGUAUUGAAUUCAACGAUCUUCGUAUGUGAGUUCAAAAUAGCUAUCCGAAGGCCCCUGUUAUACCACAGACUUACCCCUAGAGAUCUACUGACCAUCUUUUGAAAUGCUUUGGCAUAGAGUUUUAAAAGCUCUUAAAGUUGUAGUCAGUUUUUUCCUUCUACCUUUUCGGGCACUCACUGGAAUGCAACUAUAACCCCCAGGGGUCCAUAGACCACCAUUUGAAAAUCAUUGGUUUUAGAACUGUAAAAGUUUAAUUCAAGCCAAUGAAAAUGAAUAUAGAUAGUAUUGAAUUCAACGAUCUUCGUAUGUGAGUUCAAAAUAGCUAUCCGAAGGCCCUGUUAUACCACAGACUUACCCCUAGAGGUCUACUGAUCAUCUUUUGAAAAGCUUUGGCUUAGAGUGUUAAAAGCUCUGAAAGUUGUAGUCAGAUUCUUCCUUCGACAUUUUCGGGCACUUACUGCAAUGCAACUAUAACCCCCAGGGGUCCAUAGACCACCAUUUGGAAAUCAUUGGUUUUAGAACAGUAAAAGUUUAAUUCAAGCCAAUAAAAAUGAAUAUAGAUAGUAUUGAAUUCAACGAUCUUCGUAUGUGAGUUCAAAACAGCUAUCCGAAGGACCCUGUUAUACCACAGACUUAAAUCUAAGAUCAAACUUAGGGUAAAAAAUUAUAUAAAUAUAAGAAUAAGAAAAUCUUUACAGAAAAGAUUCUAGUACAAGUUUUGGGAAGAAUGGAAAAUUUUAAUAAAGAGGCGUUUUUAAAUUCCUUUAAGAAUUGUAUGUCUCCGCUUUAAUCUUUUCAAUCUCUGCCCAACGAAAUAACACAGUUAAUGCAUUUAUUUUUUUUUAUUUCGUUUCAAACAAAUUUCAUUAGUAUUUAAGCUAAAUUAUUAAACUAAUAACGAACAAAUUUACUAAUAAAAUUCUAUAUGUGUCACACACUUAACUACAACACACAACAACAACAACAAAACCCAGUAGAAAAGUUUCUUAAGAAAUGCUUUAAAAAAUUUUUGGUAGAUUUAGUAAAAAUUAUUAAUUAAAAAACUAACAAUUUAAAUAUUUAUAAAAUAAUAAAAUUGCAUGUCAGUUUUUCUUAAAAACAAAAAUUAAUGGCUUUUGUGUAUAAAAAAAUUUCAGAAAAUUAAUAAAUAUAUUAAAAAAAAGUAGUUAUUUGAAAUAAUAUUUAUAUUAAAGAAAAUGCUUUUUAAACACAAUUAUUAAAUAAUAUAAGAAUUUUUAAAAAAUUAUAAUAACGCAAAUAAAUUUUAUU